AAUACAUGUUUAAUGAACUAUACGUGAAGGGACAAGAUGUGAAGAAUGGAUGAAGUUAAGGUGAUAAAUGCUGGCAGUCUCCAUGGCUAGCUACACCAUAUUAUAGACUGGGAUUGUCAUCUGUUUACCACACGUGCUAUCACUUUUGUCUGGCUGACAAAUGAUUUAGGUUGGGAGUUCAUUUGGUAAAUCAGCUGAGAUGUUGCUGGUAUUCUCUGUAAGGUUGCCAACUUUGGAUAAAUUCCUGGAGAUUUAAUCAUGCGACAAUCUUCAAUGAAACAUUAAUCUUUAAAUCGUGGCGACUCCAGGACAAUCUUAGAGGGUUGGCAACCCUAAUUCGCAGACAUAAAGUUAAGCUACUUCUACAUUAAUAGGGUGAUUUCGUUCACUGUUCAUAAGGUAGGUCGGGGAGGAAGCAGAGGUGUUCAGGUAGCAGGUCGCCUUAGACUGGAUUUGCAGGAGGAGUGUUGUGCCUUCUACCAUUCUAGCCCCCACAUUGGCAGUUAUCACAACCCUCCCAUCCGUACCUAGCAGCGGGAAGCGAGUCUCGAUCUCCGCUCUUAGGUUCUCCUGCCCCACGGGUCCGCUCGGCCAGGCACUGGGUUUUUGGUGCAUUCAUGUGACCCCAUCCAGGCACCGCCUCCUCCCUUGCAGGGUGUGGCCCAUCUCCGUGGGGCAUGUCCCCCAGGGGAAUGGACUCUCAGCUACAUAGCCCCUCCCGACCUCCCUCUGUCACGUGAAGCGGUAUAAUCAGGUGACUCAUCGCCUGAUCCCAAUCAGCCUACCCUGCUGGCCCCAGCCAAUCAAAACUCAUGAUUGUCAGGUUAGGCCAAUCGGCGCGGAGGCAAGUUAGGUUGCAUGAACGCGGCAGGACGCCGGGGUUCCUUCCAUCCUGCUCUAGGCGGAGUGAGAACGAGGGUUGGUGGGGUCUGUAGUGCUGAGGCGGGCAGCCUGUGGGGAUGGUGCUGCAGUUUGGGGGGCCAGGCCCGGCAGGGGGGACUGAGGAGCAGGCUUUAAUCGGGGGCAGUUUUGGUGCGUCGGAUUCGUUUCCCAAGGACUUCGGCUACGGAGAAGAGGAGGAGGCGGAACUGGAGGGGGGCGCCAGCCCUGGUGGAAGCAGUGGCGUCCUGGGUGUGGCUGGGGGCGGCCCAGGCGGUGCGGAUUCCAAGCCCCGUAUUCUACUCAUGGGACUGCGGUGCAGCGGGAAAUCGUCUAUCCAGAAAGUGGUGUUUCAUAAAAUGUCUCCCAAUGAGACCCUGUUUUUGGAGAGUACCAACAAGAUUUACAAAGAUGACAUAUCCAACAGUUCCUUCGUGAAUUUCCAGAUAUGGGACUUUCCUGGACAAAUGGACUUUUUUGACCCAACAUUUGAUUAUGAGAUGAUUUUCAGAGGCACAGGGGCACUGAUAUAUGUAAUUGAUGCACAGGAUGACUACAUGGAAGCUUUAACGAGACUCCACAUUACAGUUUCUAAAGCCUACAAAGUCAAUCCAGAAAUGAACUUUGAGGUUUUUAUUCAUAAAGUUGAUGGUCUGUCAGAUGACCAUAAAAUAGAAACUCAAAGGGAUAUUCAUCAGAGAGCCAAUGAUGAUCUUGCAGAUGCUGGGCUUGAAAAACUUCAUCUUAGCUUUUAUUUGACCAGUAUCUAUGAUCAUUCAAUAUUUGAAGCCUUCAGUAAGGUGGUACAAAAACUCAUUCCACAGCUGCCAACGUUGGAAAACCUACUAAAUAUCUUUAUAUCAAAUUCAGGCAUUGAAAAAGCCUUUCUCUUUGAUGUAGUCAGCAAAAUCUACAUUGCGACAGACAGUUCCCCUGUGGACAUGCAGUCAUAUGAGCUGUGCUGUGACAUGAUCGAUGUAGUGAUUGAUGUGUCUUGUAUAUAUGGGCACAAGAGUUCCAGAAACAAGGAUCAAACAUUAAUUUUUUUAAAGGAAGAUGGCAGUGGAAGUGCUUAUGAUAAAGAGUCUAUGGCGAUUAUCAAACUCAAUAAUACAACUGUCCUAUAUUUAAAGGAAGUGACAAAGUUUCUGGCACUUGUCUGCAUUCUUAGAGAAGAAAGCUUUGAGCGCAAAGGUUUGAUAGACUACAACUUCCAUUGUUUUCGCAAAGCUAUUCAUGAAGUCUUUGAAGUAGGUGUUGUCUCCCAUAGAACCUGCAAUCAAGCAACCACCCCACACUUGAAAGCAGUGACUCACAAUGGCACACCUAGAAAUGCAGUCUAGGUGAAGACUAAAAACUGGUUGGACCAACUUUUACUAGCUCUUCACUCCAAAGUUUAACUUUGUAGAACAGGAUAAGAGUACUGUCUGAGUCUGGUGUGUGUGUGUUCCACAAGAGAAGAGCAACACUAACUUUUUGGAAGAGCAACCUGUUAACUGAUGUUGGACUACUGAAACUAUUGUAAAACAUUUGAAGUUUGGUGGAGUUAGAAUUGUCAACUGAAAACCAGCUUUAGCCUGAUCAUGGCAGUGUUUCCUGUUCGAAGUCCUAUUUUAAGAGCUCAGAUAUAAUAUAAAUGGGAGAAAUGUCCCUUUUGGUGGAGCUUACAAAUGCUUGAGUGUAAUGUGGAUUACUGCCUUGACUUGCUAAUCUUCAUUUUUAGUUUUCUGUGAAAUAUCCAGUUUUCUUUAAGUUGAACCUUUUGCCUUUCAAAGGAGUUGGUGGUGUGGAUAUUAUGGAGAAACAUCUUAAAUUCAUGCUUUUUGCUUUGUAAAGGUCUGUGGCCUAUCACUUUAGUAAAACCCAAACAUUCCAUAAAAUUCCUUUUGAUGAUGUACUUACAUUGCUCUUUAGAAUAUCCCAGAAAAUUGCUUAUCUUGGUAAAUGGAGGUAAGGCCAAGGUUUGCCUGCUCUCAUAUGUUCCAGUCCAGUUAAGACUGAGCUGUAGCUUUGUUCUAGACAAGUUACUUCCUAGCUUCAGACAACAUUUUUUUUUCACUAUUUCUCACCAUAUUUGAAAAGAGGAUAAAAGCAAGAAACAUCACCUAUCACUGUGCUUCUAUCCGAAGAGGCUUAAAUUAAAACAUUCUCAACCUUGAAUUGAUUACUCAGCCCCAGUGAUGAGAGCGAUUAAAUGUCUAGCCUAAUAUCUGACACUUAGAGUAACAUUUUUAUACUUGUCAAAGCUAUUUUCCUGGGGGGGAAACCUAAAUCCUUCACUUCUUGAUGUCAGGAGUCUGGAUUUUCUACAGUUCAUCCCAUUUCUAAAUUAGAGGAUGGGGCAAUAAGCACAAUCUAUGUAGGAAUGGAAAAUUGAUUUCCAAUGGCAUUGACACAAAUGACCAUGAGAGUGGCAGUUUGAGCAUUUCCUGUAUUGAUACCCCUCCAGAAUAAACAGCUUAUGAUACUGUUUUUGUAUCAGACCUACUUAAAUAUUGAGUGUCUCCUUGAUCUUUUCAACAGUUUCCAUAGUAUGAAAACCAGCAUAUGUGAAUUGUUAAUCUAAUUUAUUGAUAACUUCAGACUUCCAUAGUGUGUAACUUCAUCUGUCAUGUAAUGAGUGGUAAGUCCUCUCCCUGUUCCCUUCAGUUCUUUCUCCCUAAUACCCAAUGCUUUGUGUACUCAACUGGUCCAGUGACUUUUAAACAUACAAAUGCCCACUGUAAAGUGUGUGUGUGUGUAUAUCAAGGGCAGAGAACCCCUUUUCCCUGAACUGUUAAAAAUGUGUAUAAGUAAAUGCAUUUACUCCUGUGAGUGUUUCUGGCGUAUGAAGUUUACCUUGUCUCAUGACUUCAGGGAUGUUGCACCCAGCUUGCAUUUUUAUAAAGGGAUCUGUUUUCAAAGCCCAUUCAAAUCAGGGACGGUGAGAGUCGAUUAGAUUAGGCUCCUUAGUAAGUUUCUAAACAUACAGCUAAAAUCGUAUUGGGUGCAUGUUGACAAUAGAAUUGCAGUUGCCGGGGAGGGGGGUGCAGUUGACUCCAAAGAAUAAUAUGUAAGUAGUUUGACAGGCAGCAGAGCACUACAGCAUAAUCCUUCUUCUGUAUUACUGUGGUGUGUGCAUAUGGUCAGACUUUGCAGCCCACUUAACCAGCAGUGGAGCAUGGUAGCAGAUAUCAUUCCAGGGUGUUUUGCUGGUCUCUCAACAGUGGAAGCAGAGAGAUGUUUUUGAUCUCGCCAUCUUGCUGCACAAAUAAAGUGAGAUGACAACGAACUUAUUAGUAGCAUCCUCCUUUGUUUGAGAGUAAACACUGCUUCCACUAAAAAAGUUAACUGUCAAAAUUAACUGGACCUAAUAGAGAAGAAAGGGUGCUUUAUUGAAGUAAAGUGAACUUCUGAGUUAAUAACUAAUGAAGGGAAAAAAAUGACAGCCUUUCUAAAACAUGUUUGUCAGCAUGGAGGUGUUGCUUAAAUCAGUUUGUUUACUCUUACUCAAAGAGUUGAUAAGACUAAAACAUCUGAAAUUGCACAUAGAAUUCUGUUGCUCUCUAGUCCUGUCCCUUUUUCCCUAGGCUGUAAGAAUUGGAAGUGAGCUCUUGAACAGAUUCAGGUAUUUAAUUAUCCAAGAUAGCAGAAUGUAGUUUGGCAUAAUAAAUGUGUCAAAGAAAAUAAAAUCACCCAUUUCCUGCUAAAAUAUACAAAAAACAUAUGCCUGUGUUAAUCAGAUGCUCCAAAAGUUCUCUUGCUGCUGUCAGAUAAUUCAGGAAUGUAUUUUCCCUAGGCCUAGCCUCACUCUACAAGUCCAGCAACUCUACAGGCUUAAUAGGAUUGCUUCUGAGCAAGUGGGUGCCCUGGUUCCUUCUAGAACUGCAGUUUCUUUAGCUAUAAUGCGAGUAGUCUGACUUUCUGCCUGCGUUGACAGUAUCUUCCCCAAUGUGAAGGAAGAAAAUGUUUCCAUUUCCCCCAUUCUGGGAACCAACAUCUCUCCCCAUCACGGGCUUGCUGCAGUGAGAAAUUUCCCAGAACAAAGGUUGGGGAAGCAACAGCACUGAGGACGAACAAUGUGACAGAAAACAAGGGGAUUGAGAUGCUGCUCCAAUU